AUGGUUUACAUUAAGGAGGACAUUCCCUAUUUUAGAAGAAAUGAUCUUGAAUCUAUCAAUGUUGAAUCGAUCUGGUUACAACCUUGUCCAUCUAACAGUCCGGCUCACCUUAUUUGUGUUGCAUAUAGAUGUCCUGAGUACACCAUAUCGCAAUGGAUUGAAAACUUUGAAAUGCAACUAAAUAAUGCUUAUGUGGAAGGUCAUCAACUAACAAUAAUGGGAGAUUUUAACAUCGAUGUUUCGAAAAAUACCAGUGACUCUCAAUGUUGGUCGGAAUCUAUGGGUGACUUACAUCUUCACCAGAUUGUUACAGAAUCAACAAAAGUUACAGAAAUUACAUCUACACUCCUAGAUCAUGUAUUUCCAUCCGUCCCACAUAAAUUAGAAGCGUUAAAAUCCCAAGAAUUGGAAUUAGUGAUCAUUAUACGACUUGCGUAG